UUGAUAGUAUCAGUUUGUUUAACACAUUGAAAUGCGUUCUAAGAUAAUUACAAUCACCAUUUUUCUAUCCUCGAUACUACCUAUUAUUUACGCUGAAUGCUAUAUUCGAGGACCCUAUAUUAUUAUUAACCAUGAAGAAGUUCGAAAUCUAGAAUGCUACAAUACGUCCAUCGAUAACUACAUCCAGGAUCUCAAUGACUUAUUGGUAUCAGAUGAACAAAAAAGAGACUUCCCAAUUCCAAAGCUGCAACAGUUAACUAUAAUAAAUUCAAAUUUUUCUCAUAUUGAAUACCUAUUGAAUCCCAUACCAAUAAUACUCAGAUAUAAUCUUGAAAAAGACAUUAAACAACUGGCUGUUAAAUCUUCCAAAAUAAAAUUUAUAAAACCAGAAGCGUUUAACGAUUUUGAUAAAUUGAUUAAUUUAAAUUUGGGUUUCAAUUCUAUUGAAGAUAUUAGUUUCAUUUCAAAUUUGCCUGCAUCUUUAAUGUAUUUGAAUUUGACUAACAAUAGAAUUAAAAAUAUUGAUUUUGACUUGUUUUCGCAUAUUAUAGAUUGUUUAGAUUUAUCAUUUAACGAAAUUACAUACCUAUCUAUAACAUCUCGGACAUAUUUUAAUGCUCCAUAUUUUCCCAUUAGCAAAUGUUUGUAUUUAAAUAAUAAUUAUAUUCAUAAAAUACAAUAUAACUUUGUAAUAAUUUUGGACUCAUUGCAAGUUAAUUUAGGUUAUAAUGAUAUAAAUACAAUAAAGUUCAAUAAAUCAGGUUAUAUUGAAAUUAAUCUGAGAUUAUUGGAUUUAUCUCAUCAAUCUAGCAAACCUAACCUGAACAUAUUUUUCACAAAUAAACUUAAUUUUGCAUUCGAGAAAUUAAUUUUGGCUGAUAACGAAAUCGAACACUUAACAGAAAACAUAACAAGUUUCUCAAAUUAUUAUAGAUCCGGCGAUUUUUCAAAUUGUUCUUUAACGACUAUAAAUAACUUCAAUUUACAUCAUUCAUAUACGAAUAGUGUGAAUUUUAGUUAUAAUAAUCUCAAAACAAUAAAUGAAUCUACUUUUGCAGAAUGCAGUAUAGAAACUGUGGAUCUUUCUUUUAAUCAAAUUGAUGAUGUAAAUUUAGUUUUUGAGAAUGCACUUAUUUCAAAAUUAAAUUUGAGCUCAAAUAAAAUUUCAGAAUUAAGCUCGUUUGGUUUUGCUAGUUUAGAAUGGUUGGAUUUGUCAUUUAAUAAUCUCAAAUUAAAUAAUUAUAGUUUUGCCAAUUGUCUAGGAUUAACAACUCUAAAUUUAUCAUCAAGUAAUAUAUCACAAAUUGAAGAUCUAGCAUUUAUGAACUUAAGUAGUCUUACAUAUUUGAAUUUAAAUAAUAAUUCAAUACAAUAUUUAAAUGCAAACAUUUUCAAACCACUUAAAGCAAUUGAAGAAAUUAGUUUAAACAAUAACCAAUUAACUAUUAUUGAUGAGUACGUUUUCAGUUUUUUGCCCCUAAAUUCGCUUAAUAUCAAUGAAAACAGGAUUGGAUCUAUUCAACCAAAUGCUUUUUAUAAUUUAAGCAAUAUUCAAAUUAUAAAUAUGAAUUAUAACAACGAAAAAUUGUCAAUUGAAAUUGAGGCUUUUUCAAAUUUGCCCUUAUUAAGGGAAGUUUAUUUGAAACAUUCUAAUAUUCAUGAAAUAACUUCGGAUAUUUUUUCUAACGUUCCAAAAUUAGCAAUUUUAGAUAUAAGGGAUAAUAAUAUAACAACAUUAAACUUUUCAAAUAAAUAUUCGAGUAAUAUAAAAUUGAAAGAACUAUACAUAACAUUUAGGGGCACGAUUGAAACUAAAUCGUUUGAGAAUUUAAUGUUUUUGGAAACAUUGAAAUUUUCAAAUUCCGAAAUAAAUUCAAUAAACGAAAAAGCUUUUCAAGGUUUAUUCAAUUUACGAAAUCUUGAAUUUGAAAAUACGAAAAUUCAAUCUUUAAAUUUUGGUGCUUUAGAUGGUUUGUUUGCAGCUAAUAAUGUUGAUUUAAAACAUGUGCUUGAAGGUAGACAUAUAUUGAUUGGAAAUAUGUUCAGGAAUUUUUAUAGUAUAAGAAGCUUUAAUCUUUCUAAUAUGCAAUUGGAAAAUGUAGUGCCCCAUGCAUUCGAAGGUUUGAAACGUUUAUAUGAAUUGGAUUUAAGUAAUAAUCAAAUAAAAAAAAUUCAAAUGUGUACUUUUUGUGGCUUAAAAAACUUAAGUGUAUUAGAUUUAAGUAAUAAUAAAAUUGAAAAAAUUCCUAAAUGUACUUUUUGUGGAUUAGAUAGCUUAUAUAAGUUAGACUUAAGUAAUAAUACUUUGGUCACAUUAAAAUAUGGCUAUUUUAAUGGCUUGAAAAAUCUGCGUGAGUUAAAUUUAAACUCAAAUGCGAUUACUGAUAUUGAACUUGGUGCACUUCAAAAUUUUCCUUUUCUUCAAGAACUUUCAUUAGCCGAAAAUAAUUUGACCGAAUUCAAAGUGGGCAUAUUUUCGAAUUUUCUAUCUUUGGAAACGCUGGACCUUCAAAAGAACAGCAUUUCCACGUUACUAUUCGAAUCCUUUCUACCAUUGAAAUCUUUGAAAUAUUUAAGUUUGGAAUUUAACAAUUUGAAAUCGAUCGGACACUUUUCGAUGGUUUCCAGUUUGAGUUUAUUGCGACGAUUUAACAUUAAUAAAAAUAAAUGGAAAUGUGAUUAUUUAGCUAAUAUGUUGGUUACUUUUAAGAAACACUAUAUCGAUUAUUCUUCAAGCCAUUUGAAUUUUUUGAAUAACAAUAUUGAAGGAAUCGAAUGUAUAGAUAUUUGUGCCUUUUUGUUGUGCUUGAAAGAUUCGCAUGGAAUAAAUUAGAAAUUGAUUUUAUAUGAA